AAAGUAUUUUUUUAGUCAGACCCGAAGGAGUGAGCAUAAUAAACAUCUUUAUAGAAAGCAGAACCUUCAUCAAUCUCUGAGUUUUGGGAUCCUUUUCGGAUUCAAAAGAGAAGAUAAACAUGGCGGUGGCCAACGCAUGGCCCGCACUUCACUGUCCACCGAGGCCUUAUUUCUCCUGCUCCUCUUCUUCUUCCCCAAAAAAUCAUUUCAUAUUUGCCAGACAAUAUCCGAUUCUUAUUUUCCCCCACAGCAACAACUCGUGCAUCAGCAGCUACCGCAAGUUCUCGAAAUCCAGCUUUAGUGGCAGCAAAGAUGGUCUAAGCUCUACUUCCCCUAUUGGAAACCGUAGCUGCUCUUCCUCUUCUGAUCAUACUGCUAUUUCGGAUUUGCCUGGUUGGGACUGGACGCAAUGGACUCGGCAUUUCACUGAAAUGGAGCAAGCUGAGAGCUAUGCUUCUAUUCUCAAGUUUGAACUAGAAGAUGCAGUAGAGAAUGAAGAUUUCCAAGAAGCUGCAAAGUUGAAAAAAGCCAUUGCUGAAGCAACUUCAAAGGACACUAUCACAGAAAUUAUGUCAGGACUGAAGGAUGCAAUAGCUGAAGAGCGUUACCAUGAUGCUUCAAGAUUGUGUCAAAGCACAGGAAGUGGUCUGGUUGGUUGGUGGGUUGGCUACUCAAAGGGCUCUGACAAUCCAUUCGGUAGAUUAAUACGUAUAUCUCCUGCUAUGGGCAGAUUUAUUGCCAGGAGUUAUACCCCAAGGCAGUUGAUCAAUGCUUCUCCCGGAACACCGCUAUUUGAGUUCUAUGUCAUAAAAAAAGCUAACAGUUCUUACAACAUGCAGGCGGUAUUCUUGAAACGAACCAAAUCAAUCAAACCAAAUCCAUUUUCAUUGAACUCAAAACCAGUGGGAUCUUCCACUGCUGAUAUCGAGGAUGUAUCAGUUAUUGAUGCUAAGGUCAAUGAUAAUGAAAUUGAAAAAAGAAAUGGAAAAGGCAUGGAUUCUGAGGAAGCUGCUGAGGAAGGGGUAAAAAGCGUGAUAAAUUUUCUCAAAGAUAGAAUUCCUGAUUUGAAACUGAAAGUUAUUAAACUAAACGUCACUGAAGAGAGUGAUUCUGCGAGGCAAGCAAUAGAAGAAGUCAGUGAAAACAGUAGUGAUGAGAAUAAUGGUAAUAUAUCCAGUGAAUUUAGUGAGAAAGAAGUUGCUGAAAGUCUUGAAACCAGUAACCUUGAUGACAACAAUCAUAUUCAAAUUCCUGAGGGAGGUGAGAGCACCACAUCUGAAGAUGAUCAGAGUCCAGAAAUAAAACUUUUUGUAGGUGGAAUUUUUCACGAUAAAGAAGAUAAUCCAACCAAAGAUGAGUUUAUUCGUGUACCGGCAGAAAUUAAAGAUCUAGAGAGAGAUUCUUUUGUGUUCCACAUUCCAAGGACAUAUCAAGAUCUUGAUGGUGUAGAAAAUUCUCAAUCUGCAGUUAGUGUGGCAACUAUAGCUGCCCAAAGUGUUUCCGAACUCAUGCCUCCUGAUGUGGCGAAGGCUUUUUUAUUUUCUGACAAAGUUUCUCCAAAGAUUUCAAAAAAAGUGAGAGAAAUACUGAAGCUUGGGAUUGGUCAGGCACAGAAUUGGAAUAGAUUGUCUGAAUAUACAAGUUUUACUAGGGUCACAACAUCUGGCAGCAAUUUAGACCCUUUUGAUGGUCUCUAUGUAGGGGCGUUUGGACCUUAUGGUACUGAGAUAGUGCACAUAAAGCGUAAAUAUGGCAACUGGAAUUCACACGAUGAAGAGAAAUCAUCUGAUAUUGAGUUCUUUGAGUAUGUUGAGGCCAUAACAUUAACAGGCGAUCUAAAUGUUCGCGCUGGCGAGGUAAUAUUUCGUUGUAGAAUUGGAAAAGGAAUCCGAUCUACUAACAAAGGGAUGUACCCAGUUGAGCUAGGAGUGGCUGCGAGCUACAAAGGCCAAGGUAGAAUAGCAGAACCCGGUUUCAAAAAUCCCAAGUGGGUUGAGGGGGAGUUGCUUCAACUCAAUGGCAAGGGUUUUGGGCCACACAUUAAAGGUGCAGAUCUUGGUUUUAUGUACACCGAUCUAGAGCAGAGCUUUCUUCUGCUUUUCAGUCGUUUGAAGCUACCAGACUAGGCUCCUCACCCUAAUGCGUGUGAAUAUCAACCUUAAUGGAGGUAGUGGGGUGCAGUUUUGAGCCCUCAGUUUCGCGGCUAGAUUCGGAAAAAGAGAGUUUUACACCAUAUGUUUGUGUUGAGUUGAAUAUUGAAAAUGUGUAGCUUAUCAAACGGAUAGAGAUCUUCAACCUGACCAUGUGAUGUUGUAACUUAAAUAGUAUUUGCUAACACAUGGCUAAAUGUAUCAUAUAUGCCUAUGCUUAACAGCUCAAGGGACAUAUAUUACCUGUAUAUGCUAUGCUAAAAGUGACAUUGAGGUAGGGUGGAUGGAAUACUUGGGUUGACUUUUUUCGAACAAUUUACAUGUGUGACGGGAACUAGUGCAUUUGAUUUUAUUUAUUAGCAUGAGGAAGUAGUGAUCCUACAGGGGAGCUUCUACAAGGG